AUAAAAAGGAACACUAAUAAGAAUCAUGAAAUUUCAACCAAAGAAGAAAAAAUCUCAAUUAUGUUAUUUUUGAAUUAAUAAAAAUUUUGACAUAUAUUGACAAAAAAAAAAUAGCAAUAUAUUCAAUUUCAAUCAAUAAAUAAGCUUAAGUACUAAGCCGAGUAAUAAUACUAGUAUAUCACACACGGAGAAAGAGAUCCAUCCAUCUCUUUAUAUUCUCUGCAAAAACCAAAUCAUUUUGUUAAUUACAUCUAUCUAUUUGAUUCUGAUCAGUACCUAUCAUCAUCAUCAUCCUUUUUACUCAAUUGUUUCUUAUCACUUCACGCGAAAGUGAACAAAUUAAUUUUAUAGAGCUUUGAUCAUUUAUUUUCUGGACAAAAUUUUAAUUUUUAUUUUCAACAACAACAACCAAUUCAGUUGGACCUGUUCGUCCGAAUUUUGUGCCUAAACAAAAACAGAACACGCCACGCCACCUUGGUUGUUCUGUUAAGAUGGGUGAUAUGAAAAUGAGAUCCAUGUUAUUGUUUAUGUUUGGUUUUUUUGUGAUUGUUGUGUCUGGUGAAAGAAGAAUUGUGAAAUUACAAGUACCAAGUUUUAAUGUUACUACUACUGCUAUUGAGAAGAAUGAUGAAGAACACAGUUUUUUUCUCACAAAAGCUGUUCAUUUCUUAUGGAAUUCAGAUGGAUCCGGUUAUCAACACGUGUGGCCGGAAAUGGAAUUUGGGUGGAGAAUUGUGUUGGGUACUUUUAUUGGAUUUUGUGGAGCUGCAUUUGGAAGUGUUGGUGGUGUUGGUGGGGGUGGCAUAUUCGUACCUAUGCUUAGUCUUAUUAUUGGCUUUGAUCCAAAAUCAUCUACUGCUAUUUCCAAAUGUAUGAUAAUGGGUGCAGCUGUAUCAACUGUUUACUACAACCUUAAACUAAGACAUCCUACCUUGGAUAUGCCAAUCAUUGACUAUGAUUUAGCACUUCUCAUUCAACCUAUGCUCAUGCUUGGUAUCAGUAUUGGAGUGGUCUUCAAUGUUGUAUUUCCUGAUUGGAUGGUCACUAUAUUGCUUAUUGUUCUUUUCUUAGGCACAUCAACAAAAGCAUUCUUUAAAGGGCUUGAGACUUGGAAUAAGGAAACCAUAAUGAAAAAGGAGGCUGUUAGGAGACAAGAAUCAAAUGGUUCCGGAGAAUACAAAGCUCUUCCAACUGGACCAAAUGAGGCCACUCAAAAGGACGACACCAAGGUGUCUAUAAUCGAAAAUGUGUACUGGAAGGAAUUUGGGCUACUAGCAUUUGUUUGGAUUUCAUUCCUUGUACUACAGAUCGUAAAGGAAAAUUACACAACUACAUGUUCAACAGGAUAUUGGGUAUUGAACUUUUUACAGAUUCCAAUCGCAGUUGGGGUAACUGGAUAUGAGGCAACUGCAUUGUUCACAGGGAAAAGAGUAAUAGCUUCCACCGGUGAUCAAGGGAAAGAAUUUACAGUUGGGCAGCUAAUCAUCUAUUGUGUCUUUGGCGUGAUAGCUGGUGUAGUCGGUGGAUUGCUUGGACUAGGAGGUGGAUUCGUUAUGGGUCCGCUUUUUCUUGAGCUCGGUGUCCCUCCUCAAGUGUCGAGUGCCACAGCCACGUUCGCCAUGACAUUCUCCUCGUCUAUGUCUGUUGUGGAAUACUACUUGCUAAAACGAUUUCCGGUUCCUUAUGCUCUUUACUUAAGCCUGGUGGCUACUAUCGCAGCCCUGGUUGGACAACAUAUUGUGCGAAAGCUGAUCAUCCUAUUUGGAAGAGCAUCUCUCAUCAUCUUUAUUCUAGCAGGCACAAUAUUUAUCAGUGCAAUCUCACUGGGUGGCGUUGGCAUUUCAAAUAUGGUGCACAAGAUUGCCAGUCAUGAAUAUAUGGGAUUUGAGAAUAUCUGCAAGUAUGGGUCAUAGAACAUUUGUGAAAAUUAUUUUCUAGUGUUUAUAUUAUCAAAGUUAGGCCAUGAGCUAAGGUGGCCAUGAUAGAGAUUAUUUCUUAUCCUGUUAAAAGGUGUCAUUUUUUAUUAUUGCCAAGUCAUGGAGUGAUUCUGUAGGAAACUUAGAAAUUUAUAUUUAUGCACCCUGUUCAAGUCAUUUAAAUUGUAAGAUUUAUGUGAUCUGAAUCUUAUUGUACUAUCAUUCAAUGAAAAUUUGACAAUAAUCUGGUUUGUACGA